AUGUCUUCACCAGAAUAUGAAACAUAUGCGCUCGGUGACUUCACGCUCAAGUCUGGCGCGAAGAUACCAAAUGCAUUCAUCGCGUACAAGACGCUCGGUGACCCUUCCUCGCCAGCCAUCAUCUACCCGUCGUGGUACUCCGGAUUAAUUUCCGACAACCUCUGGCUCACAGGCGCUGGCAAGACACUCGAUCCUUCAAAGUACUACAUCAUCAUCCCAGCGUUAUUUGGAAACGGGCAGUCUUCGUCACCGUCGAAUACGCCAGACCUGCGUCCGUUCCCUGAAAUUCUUUUUUACGACAACGUACGGGCGCAGUACGAGCUAGUGACCAAACACCUUGGUAUCAAACAUGCACGUGCCGUGUUGGGCUGGUCCAUGGGCGCAGGACAGACUUUCCAAUGGGCAACGCAGUUCCCCGACUUCAUGGACAUUGUUGCUCCCUUCUGUGGAAGCGCGAAGACGAGUCUGCACAACCAGGUAUUCCUGGAGGGCGUCAAGUCGGCGUUGUUCGCAGCAAAGGGUACCAGCUCGGCAGGUGUUGCCAAGGCGGACCUGCAAACAGCUCAGUCUGAACAUACUUCUUUUACCCCGGAGAUGACAAAGGCCGGUUUGAAGGCUCUUGGACGCGUAUACGCGGGCUGGGGCUUCUCGCAGGCUUUCUACCGCGAGCGACUGCAUGAGAAGGCGCUCGGCUUCAAAGAUCUGGACGAUUUUCUGGUUGGCUUUUGGGAGGCUUGGGCGUGUUCUAAGGACCCAGAGAACAUGCUGGUCAUGGCGCAUACAUGGCAAGCUGGGGACUGCUCGCAGCAGGAGCCAUAUAACGGCGAUUUCAAGAAAGCGAUGGAAGGUAUCAAGGCGAAGGCUCUCGUGCUGCCUUCAAAGACGGAUUUGUAUUUUCCACCAGAGGAUUCUGAGAUUGAAGUAGAGAGCAUGAAAGCUGGGGUAGGAACACUGAAGGUCUUCCCGAGUAUCUGGGGGCACUGGGCUGGUGGACCAGGACAGAGUACAGAGGAUGUUAAGUGGCUUGACGAUAACUUGCGGGAGUUUUUUGCUAAGAACUGA